AUGUCCACAACAUCUCCUCUACAACGGGCAUCAACAUCAUUAUCGCUUAAUUUCUCCAUUUUCUCAUUUGCGUUUCUCUUUUUUCUAAUCACCGUCAAUGCGAAUGAGGAUUGUCCCCGUCCAUGUCCUCCAUGUCGAUCAACGGGAAAUUGUAUGGAGACAACACUUGAUCAGUGUGGAUGUUGUAGGCAUUGCGUCUCUCGAGAUGGUGAAGAUUGUGGACCGGGAAAGGGUGUCUGUACAAAAGGAUAUUACUGUGCAUUCAAGACUGAACUGAAUGACGAAGGGAAAUGCACAGAAAUGGCUCCAAGUAGUGGAUGUGAUCACUCUACCUGUUCUCCGGCAAUUCAUCCCGAAUGCCCAGCUGAUUCUCGUCUCUCAAUCACACCAAUCAAUGGGGAAUGCUGCGAGAAAUCGGGGAAAUGUCUCUGUGAUUUGAAGCGUUGUCUCUCAUCAGUUCCCGUUUGUGAGGAGGAUCUUGAUCGAGUGCUCGUCGAGAAUGGAAGAGAAGAACCGGGAAGAUGCUGUGACAGAUUUGAAUGCAGGAAAAAGGAGAAGCACUGUGCCUCAGUGAGAUGUCCACGAUUGCUUGUCGAUAUUGCCGGCAAUGAGAUUUUCGAUGAGGAAUGUCCUGUCGAUUCCCUUCGUCCACCCACGCAUAUCACUCCCGGGAGUUGCUGUCCGAUUACACCCGAAUGCAAAUGUCGAGCUUCUGUUUGUCGACCGGCUAAAUGUGAGGAGGGAGAAAGAGUCAAAGUGUUGCGAAAAGGGAAUGGCAGUCCGGGUAGAUGCUGUGAUGUGUGGGAGUGUGAGAAAGCCGAUUUGAUGGGUAAAAACUGUACAUGGGGUGAUCGAGAAUACUCGGAUGGACAAGAAUGGCAUUCAUCUCAGUGUGAGGUAUGCAAAUGCAAGAAGGGAGUCGCUCAAUGCUCAAAAAUGACAUGUCCCAAACCACCAAGCAAAUGUACAUGGGUUGGAGUGCCUGUUGGUGAAUGUUGCCCAAUCUGUCUUGGAUGUCAAUCGGAAAGUGGCGGAAUUUUGGAGAAAAAAAAGAUGAAAGAUGAGUGGAAUAAAGAUGAUUGCACAACUUGUACUUGUUCGGAAGAGGGUGAGAAUCAAUGUGUCCGAGCGAUGUGUUCAGUUCAAUGCGAAAAUCCGCGAAAAGUCGAGGGACAAUGCUGUCCUGUCUGCGAUGAGCCGACGAUCCUCUCAUUGCCCUCGACUUGUCCAUCACUUGAGCACUGUCCAUUGAGAUGUGCAAAUGGAUUGAAAAGAAACGAUAAUGGAUGUUUUGAAUGUGAAUGUCUCCCGUCGAUUGAAUCUCAACCAACCGAGUGCACUGAAUUGAGCAAGGAGAAUUGCGAAAAGCAGUGUGCUCAUGGGUAUGUGAAAGAUUCAUCGGGGUGUGCGCAAUGCCGAUGCGCGAAAUGUCCUCCGUUACAUCAAUGUCUGAAGCAUUGUCUUUAUGGGUUUGAGACGAAUGCGGCCGGAUGUCCUGUGUGUAAAUGUCGAGCACGAAUCGAUGCCAAAUUGACAAUGUCCGAUCGAUUGGUUUCAUUGUCGGGAAGAGAUCGAUGCGGUGGCUUCUCGAACAACGGAAAAUUGGUGGAAAGAGAUGGAGGAGAAUGGUGGAAUGAUGGAUGCCGGCAUUGUUUCUGUGAACAUAAAAGGGAAUAUUGCUCAUUGAUUUCUUGUCCGGAAAGAUCAAGCGAUUGCCCAACUGAAAGAUGGAUUCAAAAAGAAGGUGAAUGCUGUCCCUCAUGUUCUGGCAAUCCGACUUUAAUCUCUCAAUCGAUCGCUACAAAACAUGAACAUACCGUUUGCCAAAGUCCAGGAUCGGGUCGGCUUUUCACCGAUGGAGAAACAUGGCAAUUGACGGCUUGUGUUUGGUGCACUUGCCGAGUUGGCUAUGUUCUAUGUCGUGCCUCGUCGUGUCCAGCUGUCGCUUGUCCACAACCGAUUGCAGAUCCCGAGAAUCCGUGUUGCUCGAAAUGUCCAACCGAGCCAUUGAUGACCGAUUCAUCGAUUGUUUGCACGGAUGAAUCUGGUUCGGCUCACGCCAGCGGGGAAACAUGGAAAACCGAUGAUUGCACUUCAUGUUCUUGUACUCAAACGGGAACAAUUGAAUGUUUCCGGGAAUCGUGCGGGGAAAACGUCGAGAAGUGUAAAGGGAAAUUGCUGACAGUCAAAGGAAAUUGCUGUGCAUUGUGUUCAGACGCCCUUCAAUCAGGCUCCGUUUGUCAAUACGGUAAUGCUGUGUAUGGAUUGCGUGAAGAAUGGAAAGAUGGUGUUUGCAGAAAUUGCACAUGUGUACAAGGCGGACAAACGGUUUGUCGAGAAGCGAUUUGCCCUCCAUGCUCUGAUCCAGUUCCAAUUGAGGGACAAUGCUGUCCUCUAUGCAAAGAUGGUUUACUUCGUGAAUGGUCAACGGGCGAUCAUCUCUCGGCUUUCCCUCCUUUAUCCGGAAUCGAUUCCGAUCUCUCCUCUUCAUCCAAUUCGUCUCCAAUCCUCGCAAUUGUUCUUGGUCUCUCAAUUUGUUCAAUUCUUCUUCUCGUCGUUCUUUUCAUCGUUUGUAUUCUCAAAAAGAGAAGAGAAGAUGCAAAACAACCGAAGCUUCAAUCAAAAGUUCAAUUGUCAUCGUGUCGUAAUCACGGUUCAUUGCCGCAUUUGGCUGAUUCAUUCGAGAAACGACGAAGAGAUACCGAUACGGAUGGACAAAGCGAAUCACUUCUAUCAACAACUUCCGAAUCCUCAGCUGGAAUGUCCCAAACGUCAACUCAUUCGGAGGCUCAUCUUCUUUAUAAACCCAAUUAUCGAGUC